GCAGAGGAAGGAGGAGUGGGUUUCUUGUGACAAGACUGGACUACUAUAGAGGGUGGUUCCUGCAGCUGAAUUACAGUGAGCGCACACACUGGACUCGGGAUUCUCUGUGAUUAUUUUUUAUCAGAAUCAUGGGUCAGUUAUUCUCCGAUACAUCUAACAAUGAAGACAAUGGAGAUUUGGUGUCCAGUGUCACUAAAUAUUUUAUGGAGAUUAAGGCAGAAAACAAAAUCAUUUCUCAGGAGACUAUCCAUUUAAUAGAAUUUCAUCUGAAAAACGGAAACAUUCAAGGGGCAAAAUCUGCAAUCAAUGCUGCUUUAAAAAUUAUUGAAAAGGCCCCAAUAAACAUUGCUGUGACUGGAGAAUCUGGAGGAGGGAAGUCCAGCUUCAUCAAUGCCCUGAGGGGGGUGGGACCUGAAGACCAAGGUGCAGCUGAAGAAGGGAUAACCGAAACAACUAUGAUGAGAAACUCAUAUAAGCACCCCAAAAUUGAAACGUUGGUUUUAUGGGACCUGCCUGGCAUUGGAACUAUGAACUUUCCACCAAAAGAUUAUCUGGAGAAAGUGAAAUUCCAAGAGUAUGAUUUCUUCAUUAUUGUUUCUGCCACACGUUUUACAAAACUUCAACUAGAUCUUGCCAAAGCAAUCAGAUUCAUGAAAAAGAAUUACUACUUUGUAAGAACCAAGGUCGACAUAGAUUUACAAAAUGAAAAGGAAUCCAAACCACGCACCUUUGACAGAGAAAAGACCCUGCAGCAGAUCAGAAGCUACUGUGUGAACACCUUCACUCAGAAUAACAUGGAUGAACCACAGAUUUUCCUGAUUUCUAACAGACAUUUAUCUGACUAUGAUUUUCCAAUUCUGAUGGACACUCUGAUAAAGGAUCUUUCUAAUCAAAAGCGCCACAAUUUUAUGCUUUCCUUGCCUAAUAUUACCGAGGCAGUCAUUGACAGAAAGCACAAGUCUCUGCAGCAGCAUAUCUGGUUGGAAGCCUUCACGGCUGGACUUUUGGCUGCUAUUCCUGGAGUGGGCAUCCACACAAAUGAUGUAGAGAAACUAAAGGUGAAGUUAAACCACUACCGAGUCCUCUUUGGAGUGGAUGAUGCAUCCCUGGACGUCAUUGCUAAGGAUUCUCAAGUGCCUAUUGAACAAUUGAGAAAAAUCAUUAAAUCACCUUAUUUGUUAGAAACUAAGAAAGAAGAAACAUUAGGAGAAAUGUUGUUCAAAUAUUUGGAGAAAUUUCACUUAGCUAAUGGUGGACUCCUUGCUGCAGAUUUUUACUUUAGAAAAACCUUUUACUUAGAAUUUCUUUUCCUUGACACAGUGACUGAAGAUGCCAAAGUUCUCCUUAGAGAGACAUAUUCAAAAAUAUAGUUCAAAUUCAACUCAUUCACAGCUACUGACCAUGACAAGAUCAAAUGGUUAAUGCCAGGAAGUCACCGGAUAAAUUCCCUCAUGAUAUCUUUUUUUUUCACUAGCCAGUCCUCUAUCACUAUGGGACAAACUAAGGGUAAGAGCCAUGUGUGUUAAUAUGUCAGAACCUGACAACCCCAACUUCAGCACUCUACCUUCCCUCUUGUCUUUCAGCUCCACAUGCACACUUGAAUACACAUGCACAGGCACACACACACAUAUGAAUGCAUGCAUGCAUACAUGCACACACACACAGUGCACAAAGCACUUGCCAUGCCAUGCAGACAGAAGAAGCAGAGAUCAAUUUACACAACCUGUAUAAAUGUUGAGUGGGUGUGACAGCCACCUUGUACUCCAAAUUCAGAAUGCAGAAACAGUGGAACCGUGGAGCAAGUUGGCCAGCUAGAGCAAGUAAAUCUGCAAGCUCUGGUCCAGCUGUCAGACUCUGCCUUGGAAAACGACAGGAAGCAAUUGAAGAUAAGGCCUAAUAUAAAACAGACCUGCGUAGACACAUGUGAACAGGCAUACCAUACAAGAGGAACAUUUUGAAUAUGAAGUAAAAUGAAACUCGGGAAGUAAAAAAAACUAAAGUCUUACAAACUACUGUUGUGAAAUAUAAAUUGUAAGAUGUGCCCAAUGUGGGCAACUACAUCCACACAAAACUUGAGAGAGUUUAAUAAGAAAUUUCAAACACAAAAGAACAGAGUUGAGUGCAGCUUCUUGGUAGUCACAUUUUCUUUCCAGUGGACUCUGUUUGCUGGCAGCAAGCGGGGGGCACAGCGGCUCCUUUAGGAGAGGUCUUCCUGACUUAGCACUGGCAGCAAAAGCUGCUCAGCUUCUUUACCGGUUCUUGCUAGUAGCACAAACAACUCUGGCUGUUUCAGGAGAUGGAGCACUUAAAUAGGGUAUGUGAGCAGCAUGUUACAAAUUGCUUAAUGGUGAUGUAGAUGCAGUGAACAUUCCUUUGCCACGCUAAAAUAGGUCAAGUCAACAGGCAGGGCCACAGAGUUGGUCCUAAUCAUGCCUGUUUAGCAUUUUUUUUAAAAAGUGCUUCUGGUCAAUUUGCCAAUAGAGAUAAAUUCAGAUUUUAAAAAAAGACCUCUAAGUGGAUCACAGUGUUGCAUAAAUGUGC